AUGGCGGCGACCACAUCUAUGCAGACUUUGCAGGCUAGGCUUGAUUCUUUCAAAAAGUCCAAACGUACAAAGCAAUCCCUGAGCCGCUCAACAUCCGCGAAUUCACUCAAAUGGCCGCACCCUUCCUCGUACCGGGCGACUCCACAGACUCUCGCCGAUGCUGGCUUCUACUAUGAUCCCAGCCUCGAAGACAGGGACAAUGUAAUAUGCUUCAUGUGCGAAAAGGAGCUUAGUGACUGGGAUGCCGAUGACGAUCCAUUCGAGAUACAUUGGGACAAGUGCCGAAGUACGUGCCCCUGGGCCGCCGCGCGGUGUGGGCUGGCCUUGGAUGUUGACGAGCGCGGAAACUUUCACUUCACGGAUCCGACGCGUUUCCCGACCAGCAAAACCAUGGAGAAAGCGCGGCUCGAAACGUUCACUGCUCAACAGAUCUGGCCUCAUGAUUCCGUCAAGGGUCACGGUGCCAGUUCCAAGAAGAUGGCCAAAGCCGGGUUUGUUUUCACUCCCCAAUUUGCGGGAGAUGAUACCGCUACAUGUCUGUACUGCAACUUGUCGCUUAGCGGGUGGGACGAGGAUGACGAUCCUCAGUACGUGCUUCUCAACCAUGGCCAUGAAGAGCACGUCAAACGAGAAAAAAAGUCAGGCUCAUCCUGUGCAUUCUUUAUGGCGCCUGGGACUAGAUCGACCAAGCCACCACCCUCCAAGGCCGUAUCAAAGCCUCCGACGCUGAUUGAGUCUGAUGACGAGCUCGCCGGGCCGCCCCCUCAGGAAACCGUUCCUCGACACACGCGAACGAAAAGUGGUGCGAGUCGGGCGUCGUCAGUGCCCGCCAAGACACCAGCCUCGCGGCGGUCGACGCGUGGCACGAGCAAGGCCCCCACCAGCCGGGCCAAUACAGGUUCUGAAGUGGAGGAUACGGAUGCAGGAGCGAGCGAGAGCGACGCGGGCAAGCGAGUGUCAAAGGCGAAGCGGAGGGCGAAGGCGCAGAUCAAUGUGAUCGAGGAGGAGGAGGAGGCAGAGGAAGUGCCCAUUGUGCCAGAGAAGCCGAAGAGGGGGCGCCCACCGAAAGCAAAGAAAGCGGUGCCUCCGCCGAAGGAGAGUGCAGCGGAGGAGACGAAUAUGGAGCCUGUGCCUGCACCGGCGAAGAACAUGCAUACGCGCACGAGGUCCCGGACGAACUUAGAGUCGGAGUCGGAGCCUCCGGUGCCGUCGUCGUCGAAACCGACACAUCCAAGGACGAAGUCGUCCGCCAAGUCAAAGACAGCGAUAGCACCCGCCGAGAAGAUAGACGAAGAGGCGGAGGAUGCGAAGCCUGCCCCCGCACCGAAAUCGAGUCGGCAGAAGGCGAAACCUGUGGAGGAGCAAUUCGAGCCCGCGAGCGAGGCGCCGCCCGCUGCCAAGUUGCCUGCGAAGGGUAGCAAAGUCUCCCGUUCGAAGUUCAAACGGGUUUUGGAGUCUAAUCCAGAACCUGAACCGAUGCACGAAGAGCCUCCCCGCGCCGCUUCAUCACAACAUAAAGUCAUACGGGAAUCGAGCUCGACCAGGAAGGGGAAGGCACGGGCUGCGAGCGUGUCGUCCGUGUCCGAUGAUGCUGGGUAUGCGACUGCGGAACCUCCAGGAGACGUGGGCGUUACAGAGGCGAUGGCUGUUGAUCCCACCAGCGAAGGGACUGCGCCGCCAGACACGCCCAUGGAUGACCUCUCAGAGCAGAGCUCCUCUAAUAAGGACCUCGUUCCUCUCCCCACCCACGGCGCGCAAGCUAUCGGCAGUAAAACAAACAAACCAUCAAAGCGUAUAAUUGACGCGAAUGGCGACGUGGUCAUGGCGAACACAUCUGCACGAGGCGCCAAGGAUGAGUCGACGGCAUCAGGUCGCUCGACACCACUCGAGGCAGGCUCUGUUCGUGUCACGAAACCUAACCGCGUAUCGCCCACGGCAAACAGUGACGCAAGCCGUUCGUCUCGGGGCUCUCGCAGCAAGGAGAAAAUGACGAUUGUGGAGAUACCUUCGGAUGGCGAAGACACUCAGACCGGAAACAUCCCCGCCCAGACCAAGCAUCGCUCUCCAGUCGCGCCGACUGUGCGGGAUGGGGCGGAACGACAACAGCCGUCUGCUCCGGCGCGCGUGUCUAGCGGCUCUCACAAGGCCAAACAGAAACUACAGGUUGAGAUCGUCCUCCCAUUAUCGAAGACUAAGAAAGCCAAGCGCGAGAUACCGUUGCCCAAGGCUGAGGACCCGACUCCGAUUAAUCAAGAGGAUAUGGAGCUGCCCUCUGCCCCCGAUGCUAUGGCUGAAGACCAGGGAACCAUAGCGACGCAUCUGACUUCCCCAUCUUCCCCACGGGUGUCUCCCGUUAUUUCGACAGGAGCAAUAACUCAUAUCGCAGCAGUCAAUGGCCGUGAACAUUCACCCGCGGAGGAGUCAGAAGGCACAGAGGUCUUAGAUUCUCCAGACUCUUUCACCCCCCUCAUGGCCAUGCUCUCUAUGACAAAACUCACGUCGCUCACCGAGGAGGAAGCGUCAAUGACAGUGGAACAAUACAUUAAGCGGGAGAUUGAGAGGCAGUAUAAGCAGCUCAAGGUGGAUGGCGAACAGCAACUGGCGCAACUCCGAGAGAAGGCGGCUGCGACUCGGAAAGCGAUCGAGGCGCUGUAG